CCAUUCAGUUGAGUUUAGUUGAGUCUCAGUCAAAACACAACCAACUGCGAUUUGGUGGCACAUUCGUUCGAUGGCAACGGUUUGGAUAACAGGCGCGCGCUUUGUUUUAUUAUCCCACAUUAUCAGCGGCAUUAUUGUUAUUGGCAUUGUACGCUCAAUUUUAAUGUUGUAUGGCCCUCGCGCUCUGAGCUCGCACUCGCAUACGUAUCUGUAGACCAGUGGCCAGUGUAUAUCUCAAUCUGCAUCUGCAUCUGCAUCUGCAUCCGCAUCUGCAUUUGUAUCUGUAUCUGAAUUUGAAUUUCAAUUUGAAUCUUCAGCUGAAGCGUCAGUUGAACGUGAAGCGCGCGCUCGUCGCUGUCGUCGGUCGUCGUCGCUAAUAACAAUAAUAAUUAUAAUAACAAUAACAGCAAUAAUACCAAUAAUAAUAAUAAUAAUAAUAAUCGUAAUAAUAAUAGUUUGUUAUCACAAUAAUGACAACGCUAUGAAUGCUAAGCGAGGCAUUGAAUUGAAAGUGAUUCAAUAGGCGCCACAUCGAAUACUCCAAAUCAAUAUUUAUCCAUUCAAAAACAACACAAAUUUUAUAUGAAUUGUGGUGUCAGUGACAAGUGAAUAAAACACGCGUGCAAUUGGAAAACAACAAAAUCUAAAAUUUAAAUUUUAAAAUUAUAAACGAAACCAAAAUCAAGUAUACGAAACUUUAAUUUAAACAGAAUUAAAUAUAUUUUAUAAAAUUCUACGGCCGGAAAAAGUGCAAUAAAUAAUUUUAAAACAAAAUUACAAUUAACGAAAAUUAAAAUUAAAUUAAAAAUAUAUUGUUAAAACAUUUUUUGAGAGAAAAAAAAAAAAAAACAGCAAACCAAAAUUUUAUACACAACAAAAAUAUCGCAGUUAAUUAACUUAAACUGAAUUAAUCAAAGGAUUGCUUAGGCAAUGCCCAUUGUGGAACACAACUGAGUGUUGAGUAUUUGUAUACGAGUGCCGUGCGCCGCGUGCAGUUACUUUUAGUAGCGGCUGUAGCUGCUGACAGUUAGCCGCCAAAAUUCUCACCGCCAGCAGCAGCCACAACAUGAACUCCUACUUCGAGCAGGCCUCCGGCUUCUAUGGCCAUCCGCAUCAGGCAACGGGCAUGGCCAUGGGCUCGGGCGGGCAUCACGAUCAGACGACGGCCAGCGCCGCGGCGGCCGCCUACAGAGGCUUCCCGCUAUCGCUGGGCAUGUCACCGUACGCCAACCACCAUCUGCAGCGCACCACACAGGACUCGCCGUACGAUGCGAGCAUCACGGCCGCCUGCAACAAGAUCUACGGCGAUGCCGGCAGCGCCUACAAACAGGACUGCCUCAACAUCAAGGCGGACGCCGUCAAUGGCUACAAGGACAUUUGGAACACGGGCGGCACCAAUGGCGGAGGCGGUGGCGGUGGUGGCGGCGGUGCCAGCGCUGGCAACACCACCAACGGCUCCAAUGCGCCCAACUCUGCCAACGGACAGAACAAUGCGGGCGGCGGUGGCAUGCCCGUCCGUCCGUCCGCCUGCACGCCCGACUCCCGCGUCGGCGGCUACUUGGACACAUCGGGCGGCAGCCCAGUGAGCCAUCGCGGUGGCGGCAGUGCCGGCGGCGGCAACGGCAGCGCCGGCGGCGUACCACAGAACACAGCCAGCGGCGUGGGCGGCGGUGUGGGCGCGGCCACAGCCUGGAAUGCCAAUUGCACCAUCUCGGGCGCUGCGGCGGCCCAAACAGCGGCUGCCAGCAGUUUACACCAGGCCAGCAAUCACACCUUCUACCCCUGGAUGGCAAUCGCAGGUGAGUCCACAGCCGAUCCAAUCAAAAGUAAGAUAAGAUCUGAUUUAACACAAUACGGCGGCAUAUCAACAGACAUGGGUAAGAGAUACUCAGAAUCUCUUGCGGGCUCUCUUCUACCAGACUGGCUAGGCACAAAUGGUCUGAGGAGACGCGGCCGACAGACAUACACCCGCUACCAGACGCUCGAGCUGGAGAAGGAGUUCCACACGAAUCACUAUCUGACCCGCAGACGGAGAAUCGAGAUGGCGCACGCGCUGUGUUUGACAGAGCGACAAAUUAAGAUCUGGUUCCAGAAUCGACGAAUGAAGUUGAAAAAGGAGAUCCAGGCGAUCAAGGAACUCAACGAGCAGGAGAAGCAAGCGCAGGCGCAAAAGGCAGCGGCAGCAGCGGCCGCGGCGGCGGCUGUGCAGGGCGGGCAUUUAGAUCAGAACUAGAACGAAUUCAACUUGCUGCAUCCCAUCCAGUGCAACAAUAUUGUAACAAAUAAACCAUUUACUUAACUUAAAUUAAUUCGAUAAUUCAAUAAUCAUAUUGAUAUUGUAUGGUAUAUAUAAAGCAACUAUUUCAAAUUGUUUGAAAAGCAACCGAAAAUACGUAAAGCAGCAAACGGCAACAAAAAUUACAAAUAAAUUUCGUAGACUCUAAGUAAAUGAAAAACAAAACAAAAAGAAAAUAAAAACAAAAAAUAAAAACAAAAACAAAAAACUAAAAAAUACAAAUUGAAUAUAAAAGUAGUUGAAAGAACACAAGAAAUCUACUUACCUAGAUACAUACAUACGUAACUUUAUGCAUACGAAUACAAAA